GGCAACUCCCAUGCAUCCAUCUACAAAUUUGGAUAAAGAUGAGGAAGGAAAAAUUGUUCCUGAAAAGGAAUAUAGAGGUAUGAUUGGAUCUCUAUUGUACUUAACUGCAAGUAGACCAGACAUAGUUUUUGCAGUAGGUUUAUGUGCACGUUUUCAAACUUCUCCUAGAGAAUCGCACCUAACUGCUGUUAAAAGAAUUUUCAGAUAUCUUGUCGGUACUACUAAUCUUGGUCUUUGGUAUAGCAAAGAUUCUAUUUUUGAUUUAAUAGCUUAUUGUGACGCUGACUACGCUGGAGACAAAAUUGAAAGAAAAAGUACAAGUGGUGCAUGCCAAUUUCUUGGAAAAGCACUCAUAAGCUGGUCAUGCAGAAAACAAAACACGAUAGCAUUAUCUACCACUGAAGCUGAAUAUGUGUCAGCUGCAAGCUGUUGCUCUCAAGUUCUCUGGAUUAAAAAUCAGCUUGAGGAUUUCUCAAUAAGGUACGAAAAUGUACCUAUUUAUUGUGAUAAUACUAGUGCAAUUAAUUUGUCAAAAAAUCCCAUUCAACAUUCAAGAUCCAAGCAUAUUGAGAUAAAACAUCAUUUUAUUAGGGAUCAUGUUAAUAAAAAGGAAAUUGAACUAAUUUUUGUUGACACAGAUAAUCAACUAGCUGAUAUCUUCACUAAACCCUUAGUAGAAGAUCGUUUUAAUGAGUUAAAAGUUAAAUUAAAAAUAAUUCAAAAUCCCAUUAAAAGCUAGUAAUCCAGAAAUAUCUAAGGUGAAUUAAAAAAAUUAUCAUUUAAUAAAAUGACAACCCAUAAAUGAUUUCCUUUCUUAUUUAAAACUUUUCAUCUAACCUACUUUACUAAGUAUCAUCAUUAUCUGAAAAGGGAUAUCUUUUCAAGAUAUCACAUCUAAUCACUCCCUCCCUCGGUUACUUAAACCAACUCCCACCAUUACUCCUCAUUCAUCAACUC